CGGAUAUAUAGAACAUAAAGCGUCACAACAAAUGAGAUACGGAAGUGGCGGACAAGGACAACAGCAGCAGCGUAAGCUACAAAAACAACAGCAACGACAGCAACAUAAAUUGCAGCAAGCGACUGAAGUGGCACAACUGGCGAGAGAACGCUUCAAGCAACAGCAACACCAGCAACAACAACAACUACAGCAGCAACAACAACAACACUACAGACAAAAACAGCCCAUUAUAGCAGCUGAAGUGCAAUAUGGUCACAAUUAUCCGUGGCUGUAAUGUGAAACGGCACACACACACAUACACAGCCAUAAAUAGUGUAGCGCAUCGUCACUCAUACGCCGUGGCCAACAGGCGGGCUUCAUAUGUAAAUAUUAUAUUAUAUAAAUUUAUAACCAUAUGCACUUAUGGUUGUUUGCAUGCAAGCUGUUGUCGAGCAUUUCCAGGUAGCAGGAUGUUGUAGCAGAAGUACUUACACACACAUAUACGCAUAUACAUAAAUACAAUCAUAUAAUCGUUAAGCUUCCGUUCGUGUUGAAAAAUGUAUAACUUCACAAACAUAUACACACACACAUUUGUGCAUUUACGCAAACCAACUUAAACGGCAAAAACAAAGGACGACUGUUGUACAGUAACAUUAAGCGUAGAGUAAGACUAAAGUAGAAAAUAAAACUAAGAAAAAAAAGGAUAAGCGAAAAA